AUGUCGUCCCCCAAGGCAAUUGUGUCCUCAUUCGUGGAGGGCGCUCCGCCCGGAGAGGUAAGCUCCGGAUACAUCAAAGCGCUGACGAUCUCAACCCCGAACCUGGUGGACGAGCUCGGUCCGGCCUUCAAGAAGUACAACGAGGAGCAGUUUACGACCGUCAAGCUCCCGGGCGGCAGCCAGCAGGUCAUUGUCAGCUCGCACAACUCACUGGGCGGCGGCCGAUACUACGACGUCGAGAGCUCGUGUAGCUUCGCGUUCGACCAUGCCACGCAGAAAGCCAGCGCAACGGAAAGCCACGUGCUGGACGGCGCUCAGGCGGAUCUAACAAAAUCGAUACUCAAGGGGCUCUCGGCGUACGUCAAAGAGCACUUCACGAAUGCGGCCUACGGCGCCUACCCGAUAGAGAACGACUCAAAGAUCGCCAUCAUCAUCGUCGCGAACAAAUACAGCCCCAAUAACUUCUGGAACGGGCGCUGGCGCUCACUCUACAUCUUCGAUCCCUCGUCGAACUCCCUCGAAGGAUCCAUCAAGGUUGACGUGCACUACUACGAGGACGGCAACGUGCGGCUCCUGACCAACAAGCCUCUGACCGCGUCCGUGCCAUCCGCCACUGGCGCGGGCAUCGCCCGGGAGAUCUCCGCGGCCGAGAAGAAAUACCAGGAGGAGCUGAACCGGAGCUUCACGAGCUUGAGCGAGGGCGCGUUCAAGGCGUUGAGGAGGCAGCUGCCUGUAACGAGGCAGAAGAUCGAGUGGGACAAAGUCGCGAGCUACAGGCUGGGCCAGGAUAUUGGCGGCGGCGCGGCGAGGAGAUAGGCAGCUACCACCCUCCUGCGGAGAUCCUCAACUUGCUCAAUCUGCUUCGCUGCGCCAUGGGUUAACCAACCAAAGCGUGGGCAUGUUUUGUGCAAGGAAUUUAUUCUCCAGAUCCGAAGGACCCUGUCCACUUCUACCCGUGGUAGCUGACGUCUGGGGGUUCGAAUGCCUACACUGCACUCAUAUCUGUCCUUGGAUUGCUUGCGCAAGAUUCCGUGCUGGACCUCGCCAUUCAGACUUCGUUGCGAGCCCGAGAUAAGAUGGGGGCCAGUUAUUCUCCGAUAGGCGC